UCGCAAUAACUAUAAUAACUCACAUUGUGAAUUUGUUGCUCUGUUAAUUCUAGUAAUUUUUUUUGUGUCAGCUUCAGCCAAGUUUAGUUCAGUGUUCAGUGGUCAGUGCGCGCGUUCCAUAUUCGCAAAGAAUCGCGAACAACAAACUAGGCGAUAUGACAGAUGGAAAGAAGUUGUUAGAAAAAUCUCGUCGAUUGAACGUGGAAUCCUGAACAUUUCUAAGAUCAAAGUCGUACUUUGCGCGCGAAUUUGAGUGAUUCGUAUCGUUAUCGUGAACCAGUGACCAGAAUAAUCGUGACCUUUCCUGAUUUCGCCAUAACUCUAUCUUAUCGAAUGACAUAUGCCUUGAACUUUAAUCGUUUUCAAUGUCAACAUCGAAGGUGAAUAGUUUGGUUAAGAUGGGUUAGAAUCGCCUUGGAAAGGGUCAGGAUUAAACGGGGUUUUCCCAAUUGACUAUUCCUAAACGAUGAUUCAGAUUUGGAAAGAAAUCGCGACGUAUGGAGAAAUUGGAGCAGAGGUUUUCGUCAUGGCCUCAUUUUAGGGACAAAUAAACGAAAUUUUGUGCGUGCAUUGUGGAUUAGAGUGAUAGUGCUGAGUGUUGAUUCGGUAGUAUGUAAAUAAAGCAAGUUGUCAGUUUUGUUAGGAAGUUGCGUGUCAACAAGCAAAAUGGGUUCCAUCGCUUUGGAAGAGUACGAGCUGAUGAAGGACUCGAAAUAUCGAGUCUAUGUAUCAAACGUGGACAAGGCACUGAAGAGUUUCGAGUACACAAGCGAAUGGGCAGAUUUAAUAUCAGCCCUCGGAAAACUCAACAAGGUGCUGCUAAGUCACAUGAAAUUUCCUGUUAUCCCAAGAAGAAUAAAAAUAUCGAAGAGACUGGCACAAUGUAUGCACCCCGCUUUGCCCUCUGGAGUGCACCUCAAGGCUUUGGACACCUACGACAUUAUUUUUAAAUGCAUGGGAACGAAUAGACUCAGCCAUGAACUUUUCAUUUACAGUGCUGGACUUUUUCCGCUACUCGGCAAUGCUGCCAUGAACGUAAGGCCUUCUUUGCUGACCGUUUAUGAAACUCAUUUUGUACCUCUCGGUGAAAGAUUGAGACCUGGACUGAGCGGAUUUCUCAGUGGGGUUCUACCUGGUUUAGAAGAGGGUUCAGAUCAUUUUGAUAGGACUAAUUCUCUAUUAGAAAAAGUGUGCGAAGGUGUAGGCGCUGAGCACUUUUAUGCGUGUUUGUGGGACUGCCUGGCCUCAAAUUCUGGAAUUCGAUUGCCGGCAAUAUCUUUCGUCUUAUCCCAUUUCAACAAAAAGCUCCUGAUGGAGGAUCAGCUCUACAUUAUGGGAACAAAAGUGGAAAUAAUGGUCACUGCUAUUUCGGCAGGAGUUCAGGACAGUUCUGUAUUGGUUCAGAGAAGCGCUCUGGAUUUAUUACUAGUUGGAUUUCCUGUCCAUAAUAGCCAACUGUGUCGUGAAGAUAUGGUUUCGUUAUUAACAGCUGCUCUAGUCACAAUUUUGAGGAGAGACAUGAGUUUAAACAGGCGGCUGUUUGCUUGGCUUUUGGGCAGCGAAGUGAAUAUGUCAAUUCUGAAGAAAAAAGCAGAUCCUGCUCUAACAGAAACUUCUGCGGCAUAUUUCGAUUUAUAUUCGAAAGGCUUGUUGAUCGAUGCUAUUAAAUCUCUGCUGAAAACUGUCUGUGAUGAAUCUCCGCAGGAUUUAAAGCCUUACAGGAUACUCGUCUCUCUGCUUGAUAAACCGGACAUUGGUCCGGUGAUUUUAGACGACAUUCUCUACGAAAUUUUCAGAACCUUUAACAACGCCUGCAACGACACAGACAAGGUUCCAAAAUCAAACGAAGUAAUCAAAUCAGCCAAUCUUCUCUUCUCGACCCUGGAGCCUUCCUACGUUUGGACCCACUGUGGAGUCCUCUACGAAAAAUCAUGUCAAAUGCGAGUGACAAAUCAGGGAAAAGUGAUGGACGAUUCCGUGAAAUCCGUGGGAAGUGGAAUCCCAGCUCUGAUGGAAGUUUGCACUCUAACUGAAUUCCUUCUCGAAACAGUCUCGCUCGAUGCUUUCAUAGACACACCUUCCGAACACUUGCCAAAGCUCUUCCACGAGAUCAUGUCCAAACUGACAAAUCACGUCGACAUUUUAUCUCCCAUGGAGAUCGAAAAAAGUCUCCGUCUCUGCGCGAAGAUCCUCUCGAAAGUUCAACCGACCGAGACGGCUUCGAGCUUGGAAAAGCGCGACUCCGAAUCAAAACCGGAAGCCAUCAACACUUCAAUUUCGCCGCCCACUGACAACACUCUUUCUGCAAUUCCCCUGGAAAAGAGUCAGUCAGACAGCAAACUGAAUAAGCCCGAGGAGGAGAGUAAUUCGCGGAGUCCGAGUCCGCGAAGAAGAGCGAAUUCGAGUGGCGCGGCUAAAAAGAGUGAGAAAAAGUCGAAAAAGAAGUCGAGUAAAAGCUCCUCGAAGCUGAACAAUUACGCGAUUCAUGCCGACGGAAGUAAUAUUUCAGUUGUCGUCAGUGAGGACGACAAGCCUCUCACACGAAAUAAAAGUAUGGAGAAUCUGAAAACCGAGUUUGGCGAGGCCGAGACCGGUCGACGAUCUCUUUUGGACUCAUCAAUGAAUAAUAUGGGUUCGACUGGUUCGCUGAAUCGAGGACCUUCGCCUGGACUUCGAGCCCAGCAUUCCAUGCUCGAGAAAUGUUUGAGACAGUACGAGCAGUUUUAUAUCAAAUUAAUCACGUCUCGAAUUCUCAGUCAGGAGAGAUCCGUUCCGGGGAUGUUUGACGAUCUGAAAGUGCCUUGCUCGCGUGACAAUCUCCAGGAGAAAACGAGAAAUUUGGAAGCGCUCCUCAACUCGAAAAUCAGCAACGAAGACUCGGGAUUUUUCAGUCAGGAGACGCCAGAGGAGAGACGGGAAAUGGACUUUUCCCUCGCGCUCGAAUCGGUCGAGUCACUCUGGGAGGAAGUGUUGAAAAUCGGGUCCAGUUUGUUCGUGGAACUCUCGACUUUCCCGACCUAUUAUUUAUCGGGCGAUGGAUUGCUCGCGGAUGAUGAGCCACAGGGGAUAAUUGUCCUACCGGAAUGGCUGAAGGUCUUGGUGGUUUGUUCGUGUUGGCUCGGGAAGCAGCCAUCGCUCCAAAUGAUUAGUGUCGCGACUUUGCUGGACUUGAUUGCUCUGUCGAGGGCUCACAGUGAUUUUAAGCCUCAUCUACACUCUGGCGAAGGAGUCACGACAGUUGUUAUGUUGCCUCUCCUGAAGGAGUGGCAUAUUUCUUAUCUGGAGCAGUAUACGAAUGUCUUUCAAGUUCUCGCUUAUUCUUUGUGGCACCACUUGGGAGAACUUCCGGCUCAUAGAUACAGAAUCAGGUGUGUCGAGCUGCUUCACGAACUGCAUCAUACUUUGGAAAGAUCGUGUGAUGCUGUUGAAGAUGUGAUUGGAUCAGCACUGAUGAGUGACAACAUGGAGAAGAAGAUCGAGGCCUUCGACAGGUUCUCAAUGCUCUGGCAUCUCGGCAGAGAAAUUGAGACAAAUCCGAGACUGCGAGGAUGUCUCCGAACAUUCGACAAGUCUCUAUUAAAAAUGCUCGACAAUUUACAGCUCGCUGACAAUUCGCCUCUCAAGUUGCAAUCCCAGUCCUGGUUGCUGCACAGUUUAGUCCGAGGCGACAUUUCCCGAAUUGUCACCCCAGUUCUGCUGAUGCUCCUCGAUCCAUCGACCUGUCGAAUGAGCGUUCUACAUGUCAGCAUUCAGCACAGCAACAUCGUCCUGACGAAGGGCGACCUCGAGGAGAAGUCGGAACUCCAGGAGGAGGAAGGCGCGACGAAUAUUUACGCGAUUAGCUCCGUCGACGGGAAUGUCAUUUACCAUGUGAGCAAUAAUUCCGAGGAGGACAAGAGGUGGCGAAAGGGCAAGAACAGGAUCAAUCCUGUCAAGGUGAAGCGGAUUUUCGCAGUGACGACACUGACCACUAGUGAAAAUGGACAUCGCUAUGUCACCGAGAGGAAUGAAAUGAAGGAGCUUGAGGUGCCGUCUAGCAUAUCCGGAAACAGGCGGAUAUCCGUCUUCGUGAAUCCUCUCUCCCUGAAUAACGAGAAUUCCAACGACUCGGAGGAGGAGGUCCAGGUGAAGAGAAUCAAUGUGCCCAACUCGGAUUUGCUGAAAAACGCGAAGAGGUUCAAGAAGCCGUUUGACAAGGGAUCGACCGGAAGUUUGGACGAGAGUCUCUUCGAGACGGCGAGUAAUAGUUUGAGGUCGAAGGCGAAGGAUUUGAAGCAGUUAAAUGGCGAGAUCGGAUCUUUGGACUCGUUGGCGAAUAGUUUUGACUCGAGUAGUCCGGAUGUUGCGGCCAAGUCGAAGACUAUUGUCAAGAAGGAAUUGACGAUUAUGCCCGGGAGUGCGAAGGAAGUUGCUGGGACGAUUUUGAAGGGGAAGUAUCAGAAUACGUCGAACGAGUUCAGUGGUUAUGAUAUGAAUGACAUUGUUGGGAGCUUCGAGGCGACCACGGAAAUUCCGAGUUGGACGAUGGGCGACGACGAGGGGGAACUUGAGCCGAGCACGACGGCCGAGGAUUAUUUUAGUAAUUCGAGUGCAAUCAGCAUCGUCGAGGAUGUUCUCAAUGAAGUCUUUGAUCGAGUCAUGCUCAUUUGUGAUGACUCGGAGCCUGCGAAAAUCUCGGACGAUUCGAUGCAGUUGGAUGUAGACAUGAAACGCAAUGCCGGUGUGGGAGUUCACAAUCUUCACUCUCACAUGUUGCUUUACUGCGGCGUUUACGAUUCAGAGCGAACACUUUACGCCCUUCGAACUCUUCGAAACGAGCUUUUGACCAACGCAAGGAUGUUUCUUUGUGCGGCCGCGACCACAGGAAUUGCCAACAAUGCCAAAAGUACAGCUUUAUUAAAUCUCUUAGCACGUCACAGAAAAAGCAUUUUUGGGAGAAGUUUUUAUGGCGAUGUUGCCAGCACUGAAUUUUUGGCUGCCUAUCGAAGCAGCAUGUACUUGGAAGUACUUAUCAGCGUGUGCCUUUACUUCGCAAGAAGUUAUUAUCCGAAUCUGGGUCAAAUGAGACUCACUCAGGAAGAAAUAUCAGGAAAUAGACAAGUUCAACUAGCAAGCGUGGAACUUUUGACCCUGAUUUUCUCAGAACUGAUUCCAAUAGCUCGCGAAUCAGGAAAAGGAUUUAGUUGCUACAUCAUCGAUCUUUUGACAAAAUGCAAAGUGCAGAAAGUGGCGCUUCACUGUCUAGCCUCGAGCGUUUUGAAUAUGAAGAACGCGCAGAACGAUAACGAAGACGCUUUCACGUUUACGGAAGAAAUUGUAGCCUUCAAUGAUCCUCAAGUUGAAAAUGAUGUAAAUAAAUGUAAAUGCCGGGCCAGCGAUCACACUGAAGCCUUCCAGAUGCAGUUACUGCGAUUACUUCUGUCGUUGAUAAUGCUCGAACAUCAAAUCGGCGCUCAAAAAGGAGACGACAUUACAUCAGGGGCUAUAUCGACUCCUAAUUCUCCAUUUCGAUCUGGUCAUAAUCUUACGGGAAAUACUUUGAAGUAUGUCACUGGCGCACCGAUUCCACAACAACCCAUGUUCCUCGCAAGCGUUAUCAGUGCUCUAAAGCUGGAUCAUAUGAGACAUUUGCAUCAAUAUUGGACAACUCUCGUGACGUCGAGUCUUCCGUUCAUGGGAGCUUCGUUAACGCACAUAGUCACUUCAGUAAUUCAUCGAUUAUGCUGCAAUAUCGAGCAACUUGCGUCUUAUUACGUUAAUGACGACACCGUUUCAGUCACAAAACUGGAGGAUAUCGCCACUGUCGAGUGCUGCUUACCGGCUGAUUAUACCGUCACUCAUCUCGAAGCCCUGACAUUUCUUUUGCAUUAUUGCCUCCUGGACACGUCCCAGCAAAUUGGCUUUUUCUUCAAUCAUCCACUAAGUGGCGCCAUUCAGACUGGUGUUCCUGGAGUCAAACCUGGACAGAUUUUCAACAAUUUGCUACAUGUUUUCAUGCCGAGUCCGCUCUCUCCGGAACUUGGGGCCACAAAGGACAAAACAGGGUCUAGUGAGCAGCAUUCUCAUGCAAGGAGAACAGCCUUGAGCCAUUUGCCACGAAUAAUUGCUUCUCUUUCAGCUUUAUGGCAAGCUGUUCUUGCAACCAAGGACAACGAGCAGGCAAGUUGCGUUGUUGGAAGUCCAAGAGUGGUAAAACAUCAGCUUCUGGAACUUCUUUCGCCAAUAUCCUUCCACCAUGGAGUCAAUUUUCUUGCCGCGGUUGCCGUUGCCUGGCAUGAGAGGCGACUGCCUUCUGCCAAUACAAAAAGGGUGAUACCGGAAGCUUGUGCAAAUCAGCAAGUGAUAGUUCACCUCGUGAGUGCUAUUCGUGUGAUGCCAUUUGACACUCUCGUGCAAACUGUACAACAAGUCGUAAAAUCACCUCCACCAAUCCAUGGGGUGAAACAAGAUUUUUCGUUGGAAGUUUCCGUUUUGGAAUUGCUCUAUGUCUACAUGCAAAGUAAUACUUCACAGUCUCUCAUUGAAUCCUGGGCCUGUUUACUCGGAUUAUUAAAAGAUGGAUUGUCUCUGACUGCACCUGCUCAGUUCCUAUUGCUGGCUAUUCUCAAUGAAUAUGUACAGAAGUGUCCACCCAUGCAGGAGAAAAAAGAUAUAAGGGACCUGCAAGAUAUUUCCGCAAAGUUAAUUGAAUCUUGCUCGCAAAUUGCCGGCGCGUGUCUGGAACAAACAACCUGGUUGCGAAGAAAUUUGGCAGUGCGGGAGGACGUUUUUGAUGUUGCCGAAGGAUCUUCCGAAGGAAAAGAAGGGAAAAGUGCUGCCGUGACACCCGGAACACUGCCGAAUGCGGCCUAUAGUGUUCAAGCGCAGACUGUCCUGGCUGAAAUUUUGGCUCCUUUAUUGGACGUCAGCUACGGGUCUCAGGAAAAAGAAAGGGUCGCUACUUUGUUAACGAAUCUCAUGUAUAACGUGACACCCUAUCUCAAAAAUCAUACAACAAAAAAUAUUGCUUCGUUCACUGCCUGCUCACAACUUCUGAGUUCUUUAUCUGGGUAUCAAUAUACGAGGAAAGCAUGGCGCAAAGAUGUUCUCGAUUUGUUACUGGAUCCUGCUUUUUUCCAAAUGACAGCUCCUUGUUUGCCUUACUGGAGAACUAUUAUUGACAAUCUAAUGACACAUGACAAUACCACCUUCAGAGAUCUUUUGAAUAAGGUAUCUAUAGCACAAAGUAGCAGUAUCAGUAUCUUCUCUUCAAAAGAACAAGAAUAUGAACAAAGAGCGCAGCUUUUAAAAAGACUGGCUUUUGUUAUACUCUGCAGCGAAAUGGAUCAGUACCACAAAUAUAUGCCCGAAAUUCAAGAACGCCUUGCAGAUAGUCUGCGCCUUCCUCAAGUCAUUCCGUCAAUUCAGGCUCAAGUAUUUUUAUGUUUCCGUGUUUUGCUUUUACGGAUGUCUCCACAGCAUGCAACUUCCCUCUGGCCCGUCAUCGUCAGCGAAUUAGUCCAGGUCUUCCUCCACAUCGAGCAGGAACUCACAACCGAUACCGAGGAGUUUAGUCGUCAGAGCAGUUCGCACAUAAAACUUCUCUCGGCGCUGGACGCAUCAUGGGCAGUAAAUGCGAAUAAUGGUCUUCAAGCUCAUGGGCAUCCUCACUGGCUACAACUACAACUUGCGGCAGCAAAAUUGCUCGAUUUAGCGCUUUUAUUACCUGCACAUCGUCUUCCUCAGUUCCAAAUGUACAAAUGGGCUUUUGUGGGAGACGCUGCAGCGAUUGGCACUGAGAAUAACAACUUGUCGUCUGAUUUUGUCCCACACAUUACUAGGAUAGCGAAACUAAUGGAUAAUAAGUUCCAGGAACGAAUCGUACAACCGAGCCCGCCACCAGGGGAACUACUGCUAACAUCCAACAGCCUUAAAAUUCUCCAAGAUCUGCAUUAUUUUUUCACCGCCCUGAGCAAUCGAUCUGGGGACUCGCAGGGUCCCCUAAAUAUCGCACAACUGGAGACUGUCAUCGAACAAGACUUUCUAGAGAAAAUGCCAACAAUUCCAGCAAGAUAGUAGGAAAGGUGUGUCCUAAAUAAAGGUCUAGCUUUUGUAUAAUAGUGACGCUUUUGACGCCUGCGAUCUAAUUCAGUCGAAAGGUUCGCAAAAUCUCUGACAAAUGAAUCAGUGGUUGAGACUUUAUUCUGUGAAUAAUUAAAUCUAGCUUAGAGUAUCGAUCUUUUAGAGUGGCCACUCAAGACUCGAAAACAAAUUUCCAAUUCGACAUUUUCACGGUUAUUUAUGUUUUCAAAAAUUUUAAUUUCUUAUUUCAAGUAUUUGAAAAGAAAA